UAAACCCAAGAAGAAUAAAACAAAACCAAUCUCAAGCUCUGAUGGCGAAACAGAGUUACUCCAUCUUUACCUUCUUCUUGUUUCUUUCUCUUCUCUCAUCCUGUUCUUCAACAACUACACAUCAUGAUGUGUUAAACCCACCAACGGUCUUUCCUACAAACCCUACAACUACACCGCCGGCUACAUUUCCUCCGGUUACCAUAACGCCAACAAAUCCAGCCACAACAGUUCCUAUUGUUCCUCCUGUCACAACUAUUCCUCCUCCUACACUCACACCACCGCAAGUCACAACUAUUCCUCCUCCUACACUCACACCACCUGUGACAAACCCAGUUACCAACCCAGUUACCAACCCAGUAACCAACCCAGUGACUCAGUAUCCUCCAACACAACCCUCAGGGGCGGUUCCAGUUCCUGUUCCUGUGGUUGCACCGCCUGUUGUCUCAAACUCUCCAUCGGUUCCAGGUCAAAGCUGGUGCGUGGCAAAGCCUGGAGCCUCUCAAAUCUCACUCCAACAGGCUCUUGACUAUGCCUGCGGGAUCGCGGAUUGCUCUCAAUUGCAGCAAGGCGGUAACUGUUACUCUCCUAUCAGUCUUCAGAAUCAUGCCUCAUUUGCCUUCAAUAGCUAUUACCAGAAGAACCCUUCUCCACAAAGCUGCGAUUUUGGCGGUGUAGCCUCGGUAGUUAACACCAACCCAAGCACUGGUUCUUGCAUUUACCAGACAGGUUCAUCGACAUCAACACCGGUGACAGCAGGAACAACAACACCAACUCCAUCAACACAAACAGUAAACCAGCCUCCUGUCACAUCAACACCUAUAAUACCAACAGGAGGCGGAAUAAUUGGGGUUGGAACUCCACCAGCGAUCUUCAACCCCGCGAAUCCUACAUCAAAUACACUAAACAAUCCAUCCACAGGAGGUUUAACGGGUUACGGUUUUGAUGGUUCACCAAAUGGGAACAAUCCAACAUCAUCAGACUCUACACACUUGAAGAUUCACUUUGGUCAUGCUAUAAUGGCAACAUUGAUUCUUCACGCAGUGCUAUUUCAUUAGAAGUAGAAUAUGUAGGAGUCGAAAUAGCUUUAUGACACACAAGUUGAAGGUCUUUUAGAGCAUCUUCCUAGGAAGAAGCUAGGAAUGUAAGACAUUAUAAAUUUCAUUGGUUCGAUGGGAUUGCUAAGGCUUCGGAUUUGUACAGAAUACCUCGGUUGUUUUGUUUUAAAUAUAUCUCUUUAGGACCAAAAGCGGAAACUCAGACAUUGUAACAAAGAGGUGUAAUAUUA